AUGGCGACUGCUGCGACCCAGAGUGUGUCGGAGGAGCAUCUGCCCAAAGACCCUGUCUCGGUGGAGCCCGUCCAUGCGGCCACCCCAAUCGCCAUUGACGAGAAGUCCGCAACAAAUGGCGAGUCCACCACUGCCGACUCAAAAACCACAACUGCUCAGACUCCUGCCGAACCAGAGGUUCCCUUGACCGCGGCGCAGAAGAAGAAGGCCAAGAAGAACAAGAAGAAGCAGCAGAAGAAACAGGAGAGCAUCAGCUCUGUUUCUGCCGAUGUUUCUGAGAAGGAGACCCCCACCGAGACUCCUUCAACCGAGGAGGAUGCUCCGGCACCUGCAGCUGCCGAAGAAUCUACACCUGAGCCUGUUGCAGAUGAGCCCAAGCUCACGGAGUCUGUCCAGCCUGUCGAGGAGCCUGUGACCAAAGAGGAGCCACUGGCCACAACCGAGGAGAAGGUGGAGGCUGUCCCGGAGACUGCUGAGACUACCAAGGAGGAUCCUGUUGCAGAUGAGCCCAAGUCUGCUGAUCCUGUCGAGGAGCCUAUCACCAAGGAGGAGCCUCAAUCUACUACCGAUGAGAAGGUGGAGGCUGUCCCCGAGACUGUCGAGACCGCCGCAGAGGAGCCUACCACUCAGACCGCUUCCGAAGAGACAAAGGUGGAAGAGGUGAUUCCGGAGGCUACUAAAGAGAUUCCCACUGAAGAGACCAUCGCCGAGGAGCCAGUCAAGGAAACUCCUGUCGAAGAGCCCUCCACAGAGGCCCCCGCAACCGAGGCCAAGGAGGAUGCCGUUGUUGAAGAGUCCGCCAAGGUAGAGCCCGUUGAAGCACCCCAGGAGGUCUCUGAGGAGAAGCCUAUUGCAGAGGAAUCUGCUGAGGUUUCUACCACUGAGCAGCCAGUCGAGGAGCCUAUCGCUCAGGAGACUGUUUCCGAGGAAGCACCCGCUGUUCAGGAGAAUGUUGAGACAACUAAGAGUGAAGAGCCUGCUCCAGCCGAGACUACCGCUAUCGAACAAUCUGUUGCCGACGAGACUGCCACCGAACACGCCCCCGAGGCCGCUAAAGAGGUGACUGAAGCCCCUGCUGCUGAGGAGAAGGUUGAGACGGAGAAGGUUGAGGAGCCUGCCACUGCCGAGACCGCUAUCGUGGAACAGCCUGCCACCGAAGACGCUACCCCCAAGCAGGAGUCUGAGGCUGUCAAGGAGUCCACUGAAGCCCCUGCUGCAGAGGAAAACGUUGAGACGGAAAAGGUGGAGGAAUUUACUCCGGCCGAGACGACCGUUGAGCAACCCGCUAUCGAUGAGACUGCCCCCGAGGAAGCCCACAAGGCCGUUCAGGAGUCGACCGAAACUCCCGCCGUCGAGGAAAAGAUUGAAACAACAAAGGUCGAAGAGCCAAAUCCUGCCGAGACCGCCGUUGAGCAGCCUGUUGCUGAAGAGACUAUCAGCGAGGAAGCUCCCAAGGAGUCCACUGAGAUCCCUGUGACCGAAGAGAAGGUUGAAGAGCCUACCUCGGUUGAGGCCGCCGUCGUUGCGGAAGAUACUACCCCCGAGGAGACUUCAGAGGCUGCUAAGGAGUCUGUUGAAGCCCCUGCCGCGGAGGAGAAGGUUGAGGAGGCUACUACAACCGAGACUCCCGCUGCUGAGGAGACGGUGGAAACAGCAAAGGUCGAAGAGCCUACCCCUGCCGAGACCACCGUUGAGCAGCCUGUUGCUGAAGAGGCUAUCAACGAGUACGCUCCAAAGGAAUCUACUGAAAUCCCUUCUGCCGAGGAGAAGACCGAAGAGCCUUUAACUACCGAGGCUACCGCUGAAGAGCCGGCUGCCAAGGAACCUGUCACCACAGAAACUUUCGAAGAAAAGGUCCCUGAAGCCGCUGAAGUCACUCAGAAGCCCACCGAGACCCUCGUCGUGGAGGAGGCAGAGAAGGUAGAGGAUUCUACCACCAUCGAAACCGCUGCCGCAGUGACACCCGAAGUCCAGGAGCCAGUCGCCGAGGCUCUCCCCGAAGUCGCCAAGGAGUCCACUGAAGCUCCCUCCGCCGAGAAGAAGGUUGAGGAACCUCCUAUCGCUGAGACAGUUGCUCCUGAGCAGCCCGUGGCUGAAGAACCCGUCACCGAGCAGGCUGCCCCUGUCGAGGAGUCCAAGGAGGAAUCCAAGAUUGAGGAGCCAGCCGUUGAGCCCUCAGCUACUGAGCCUGCCGCCACCGAAGAGCUUACUUCCAAGACUGAGGAAACUCCUGCACCAACCGCCGAGAUCACGGAGCCUACGGCUGCUGAAGAGGCUGCCAUCGCUGAGCCGGUCGAGACAACCACCACCGAGGAAGCUACUGACGCCCCCAAGGCCGAAGAUACUCCCGCUCCCGCUGAGGAGGCCAAGGUCGAGCAGGUGACCGAAGAAUCCGCCAAGGACCUCACUAUCGACGAAGCUACUGAGAAGCCCACCGUGGAGAUUGUCCCUGCUAUCGCCGCUGAACCCAUUGCUGAGCCCAUUGCUGAACCUGCCGCCGUCGAUGAGACUCCCGCUGAUGAGCCUGCUAAGGAGGUUAUUCCCGAGACUGCUGAGAAGUCUGUGGAGGAGCCAGUGAAGGAGACCGUCCCGGAGCCUACUGAGGAAAAGGUGGCCGAAGUUGAGACUGCUGCUCCCGAGCCUGUAUGUCCCGAAACUGUUGCUACCGAGGAGGUCCCUGCUCAGGAGCCGGAAGCCCCUAUUGUUGAGGAUCAGAAGGUCGAGGAGCCUGCUACUCAGGCUGAGCCUGUAGUCGAGACUCCCGCUGUUGCUGAGGUUCCUGCUGCUAGCGAGCCUGCUAUCGUGGAUUCUGCUCCCGCCGAGGAGGAGACUAAGGCUGCUGAGGAGUCUGUCGUUGAGACUGAGAUUCCUGCUCCUAUUGAAUCUACGGAGGAGGUUCUAGAGCCUGUUGAAAAGAAGGUCGCUGAGCCCGCCGUCGAGGAACCGAUUUCUCAGCCUGUGGAGGAGGAGGCGGCUGAGCCCGUCGAGGAUAAGGGUUCCGAACCUACUGUCGAAGAGAAGGUGGCCGAGCCUGUUGUCGAAGAGCCUGUUGUCGAAGAGCCUGUUGUCGAAGAGCCUGCCGUCGAAGAGCCUGUUGUCGAAGAGCCUGCCGUCGAAGAGCCUGCCGUCGAAGAGCCUGCCGUCGAAGAGCCUGUUAUCGAAGAGCCUGCCGUCGAAGAGCCUGCCGUCGAAGAGCCUGCCGUCGAAGAGCCUGUCGUCGAAGAGCCUGUUGCCCAGACUAUCGAAGAAGCACCUAAUGAGGAAUCUCCCGAGGCAAUUCCUGCUCAGGAGCCUUCUCUUGAGGACAAGGCUGUCGAAGUGAAGGAUGACACGCCCGCUGAGACCCAUGCUGCUAAGGAUGAGGUCCACGAGGAACCAGCCCAAGAGAAGGAAGUGGAGGCCGUGCCUGUUGCUGCCGAGUCAGUUGGUGUCGAACAGCCUGCAGUGAUUGAGGUCACGCCUGAAGCUCCCGCAGCUGAGGACCUUAUCGAUGAGCAGACUCUUGUUGCUCCCGUUGCUGCUGGAGAGGAGCCUACUACUACGGCUACUCCUGUUGAUGCUCUUGUGACAGAGGAUAUCACUUCUGGAGAGUCGGCUGAGCCGGUUACUGAGCCCGAGGUUCCUGCUACAACUGAGGCUGCUGAGGCUUCUCCUGAGCCCAGUGUGGAGGAGUCUGUCCAGGAGACUACCAAGGAGGAACCUGUCUCCGCUGUGGAAGAUGCUGCUCCGGUCGAGUCUGCUCAGGCUGAAUCUGUCGAGCCUGUGCCCACCCCCGUUGUGGCGGAGACUGAGACUGUUGCUCAAAUUGAGGAGCCUGUCCCCGUCGGGGAGACUCUGACAGCCAAGGAAGAAGCUGCUGUGGCCGAGGAAAGCGCAAAGGAACCCGAGCCGGAGAACAAGCUGGAGGAGGCUUCUGAGCAGCAUGUCGCAACCGAAGAGGUUCCUUCUGCUCCUAUUCAGACUGAGGAGUCAGUGGCAGAGACCCCUGCUCCCCAAGAAGAGAAGUCUGAAGAAGCUGCCAAGGAUAACAUCCUGACACCAGAAAUUCUCGGUGCCGGAGCGGCUGCUGCCGCCAUCAGUGUUGCUGCAGUCGGCGUGUCUUCUGCACUGCAUAAGGAGCCCAAGACCGAGCCUAGUGACUCGAUCGUUCCCGCCAUCAACGGCACCUCUUCCGACGACAAGACCGAAACCAAAGCCCCUGCCGCAGAACAGCAAACCGAAGACUGUAAGCCGAGGCCAUUUUCCAUCUCACACAAUGUGUCUAUGCCGUCUUUCGAAGCUGAUCCGGUUCUUACAGCCCUCGCAGGCGAUCGUGAAGCCCUUCUCCAGAAGCUCAACCAGCCAUCCACCGACCAGUUGACCGCUGCCAUUACCGAGCCGGCCACCACCACAAACGGCGACAAGCAAGCUCGUGUUGAGAACGAAGUCGAGCCUACCCCUGAGUCUAGCCAGAAGACCUCUGGCCAGCUCAGCCCCGAGAAUGCUACGACUAGCAAUGCGAAUGAGGAAGACGCUCGUCCCGUGAGCCAGAACCGGUCAGUGACAGCUGUUUCUCUAAAUAGUGCGUCAGACAACUGGCUCAAGGCGUUCCUGCGCACUGUCUUUGUGGGCUUCUUUGGCACUAUCUUCUCCCCCUUCCGCCGCCGCCGCAAGUCUGCAAAAUAA